AUGCCUCGAAAAGGCAAAUCUAGAGAACUGGCGGCCAAUACGUUGGAAAAUAAAAGAUACGUUUCACCGUUUGAAUAUCUGCCUCCAACCUUAGGCCCUCCUCCUGCCGCUUUGGUGUCUGCUCUACUAGUCAAGCCUGUGAAGUCGGUUAGGUUCGCACCGAUCUCUUCUCCUGUACCAUGUCCUCUCCUCUUUAGACCGCUGAGCCUUAACCCCCCGGAUGGCCAUGACCCAUUGCCCCUAUCGUCAUCUCUCGCAUCCGACUCACAACAAGCUCCGGCACGUCAAACCCAGAGAAUACAGAAGAAGAAGACGCUGCAUGCUGAAACCCCUAUUGUUCCUGAUUUAUCUGAACAGACCCAGUCCCUUCCAAAUGCUAGAACGGGCCAAAGCUUAAAUAGCUGUAGCGGGGGUAUUUCACAGCCGAAUCCAAAUAAAGACAGCAAAAGAUCAAAACUUUACGUCAAAGAGAAACUGGAGACUUGGCUCGAAGACGUAAGGACAAUAGCGGUAGACCCAUGUGAAACUAAUUCGUAUCGGAGCGUAACCGACGUGAGCAACAUUCCAACUCAAACUGAAUACUCCCCAACAACUCGAAGAACAUCGCCGAUCUUAGCAUGGAACCCAAGGACCAAAAAGGUGACCCCAGAGGCUCUACGAACUCGCCAAGUGGAGGUCAUUGAAGCCAAUGAAGAUGAAUGGACUGCCGAGUUCAGGGAGCACUUGGUAGAGAAACGGAUGAAGAUUUCGUUUAAGAAAACUGAACCGUUACUCCAAAGCAUGAAAAACUUUGAGCGUAAAACCAAACUAGCGAACGAUGAUGACGACAGUUGGGAUGCAAUCGAGGAACUAUGCAAGGAGAUAAACGAGUGGAGGGCAGCUAUGCGGUUAGGGGCCAUAACCAGCGAGAAUUUUAAGAACGACCUCGAUUAUUGCAAGUCAUCAUCGAACAAGGUCGCCUUCCAAAGAAUGGUUAUGAUGUCGAUCAUUGAUCGUUGUCAUCUGAAGCCUGUGUUCAACUAUAACUUUGAAGGGCAAUGGAACCAGGAGAUUUGUCCGCUGCCCUCGACGAAUGGCUUAUUAGAUAUUAUCGCCGACCCUCAGCCAGACCUUGCCAUAUUCUUCGAAUUUGCCUCUCUAGUUGGCACAGACUCCUUUUCCAAGUCUGCUCCUAUCCCUCCGGAGCUUCAGCCUUGUAUGAACCCAGAUGGAAAUACACAACGAUGUUUUCCGUUUAUAUUCAUAGAGGCAAAGAAGGCGACUGCAGACAUCGAGUCUGCGAUCUUGAAGAAUUUGCACAGUGCUAGCCAAGCUCUGUUCAACAUCUACGCAUGGAUGAGCAGAGCUAAACAAGAUGACGUCUUCUUCAAGGAUGUUCGCGUAUUCUCAGUCGCUAUCAAUGAAGAAGAAGCCAUUGUCCGAGUUCACUGGGCUGUUCCUGUCAGUAAUGGAGAUGAUAGUGGGCUGGAAUUCUUACACAAUAACCUUCAUUACCGUCAAGAAAAAAAACCAUAUACGAGAGAUGGAUUAUGCACGCUCAUCCACAACAUACUUAUCAAUUAUGCGGAAAAGACGCUUCUUAAGAUCCUGAAGAGUACAGUUGAUAAAAUCCUGAAGGAACAUAAGAAAACACUCAAACGAAAGAACAACAAUGCUCUCCUUGGUCCAUCUCCAAAGAGAUUGGCCUUCUCCCAAUGA